UCCUUCAAGCUGGCCCAUCAGUUCUGGUUCUCAUAUCCGCCGCCAGGAGCCGGAGGCAGUGGCGGUCAGUGCCCCAUCGCUGGGCAUCAGGCAACGCCCGGCAUGCAAUGCUCUUGUGGCAAGGGCACUCAGUCUGAUGAAGAGAAGCAGGCAGCCUGCAGGCAGACCAGAACCGAGAGGGACCCCAAGCAGAUCGAAAUCGAAAAUGCCACGCUCAAAAGAGAAGCAAGAGAAGCCCGCCAACUCGAUCAAGAUUUACUUAACCAGAGACGAAACCAGGAAAAAGAAAGACAGGCACAGAUGGAACGGGCGACGGAAAGACAAAACAGUAUACAAUGUUGGGAGCCUCCGGCAUGGGAUCACCACCAUUCCCAGCACAGCGACGAGCAUUCCUCCCACACCGACUCGUCGCACAGCGGCAUCCACCACCACCAUCACUACCACGUCGUCAAAGACACGGGCCAACAGCACCACAAAUAUCAACCGCAACUCAAACAAACUUCGCAAGAGGAAGGUUCACAUCAUUCGCAAGACGAUGGUGACGACAGCAAACGUGAAAAAUCAAAAAGACAUAGUGCGGAUCUCGGAUUAAAUUUAAAGAACACAGCUCGGCCAAAUGGUUCUAUUCACGGGCCGGCCGUAACGAGCGCGGCAUCUGUGAACGCGGCCGGGGCAGUCGUUCCGCCCGUGUGCAGUCCCCCGCAAGAUAUGGUAACGAGUAAAGCUGGAUUGAUGGCGCAACGAGCUUUUUGUCGGGCUCCCAUCGCUUCGCUGGACUGCAUGGAGGAGUUCAGCGGAACGGGCGCCGCGCUUGAACUGGGGCGCUCCAUAUCCUUGGGUUCAAAUACGGGUCCACUUCGACAAGGUGCCUCUACUCCUGGUUUACGAUACAAAAAUUUAGGAAAAUCUGGCCUUAGGGUUUCAAAUAUAGGACUAGGUACAUGGCCAACUUUCGCCCCGGGCGUCACCGAGGAACAAGCCGAACAAAUUGUGCGGCUUGCGGUGGAUAGUGGAAUAAAUCUAUUUGAUCUGUCGGAAGCGCACUCAGCGGAGACAGAGCUCGGGAGAAUUCUACAAAGAAGAGGAUGGAAGAGAUCUAGUUAUAUUGUAACAACAAAAAUAUAUUGGAGCACGAAGUCAGACGAGCGGGGUCUCUCUAGGAAACAUAUCGUUGAAACAGUCCGAGCCAGUUUAGAGCGCCUUCAACUUCCCUACAUUGAUGUCGUUAUAGUACAUAAGGCAGAUCCCAUGUGUCCCAUGGAAGAGGUGGUUCGAGCGAUGCACUACGUGAUUUCCCAGGGAUGGGCGAUGUAUUGGGGAACGGCGCGAUGGACUCCUGUGGAGAUUAUGGAAGCAUAUACGAAUUGUCGGCAAUUCAACUGUGUUACGCCGAUCGUCGAGCAGACGGAGUACCACAUGUUUUGUAGGGAAAAGGCUGAACUGUACCUCCCUGAAUUAUACAAUAAAAUUGGCGUAGGCCUUAUGGUAUGGGGUCCUUUAUCUAUGGGUCUAGCAGGCGCCACAGGAGAACAACCGCAUACCCAAAUCUUCACAUCAAGAGGCAGUUUUAAAGCAAAAUAUAAUUCAUUUAGUUGGACCGAAGAUGAAGUCGCUGCUAUAAAUAAAGAGGUCAGUUUCGGUUGGACGAAAGAACGAGGCGAAGAAACUAGGAAGCAUAGUGAUAGAUUAAAAGAUAUUUCGUGUUUAGCUGAAAAACUUGGUUGCACGCCUACGCAAUUAUCUGUGGCGUGGAGUUUAAAACAUGAGGCAGUCCAGUGCCUGCUCCUCGGAGCGAGUUGCCCGGAGCAAUUGCACGAAUCGCUCCAAGCACUCCAAUUGCUCCCCCGGCUAAGUGGAGCGGUGAUGUUGGAAUUGGAACGUUUGUUGGACAAUAAACCCGUACGACCACCACCCAUAUCUACUAUGGCGUUGCGGUGACAAAGCGCCGGCCCCGCUGGGCCACCCAGUGGCACAGGAGGGGCUGGGGCCGAUAGCCCAAAAGAUUUAGAUGAAGUAUGCAGUGAAGAUAAAGAUAAAGUCGCAUUUUGUGAAAUUCAGUGACCUGCGGGGCACACGCGUAGGCAUAGGAGAAGUCAUCAACACCAGAACUCUCAGCCACGCGCCCUUGUUAAUAUCGAUUACACAAUGAUCAGCGGUUCAGCCAGCUCAACUCCCAUCACUGAAUCCGAAUGUGAAGCAACUCCUUGCGCAUCUCCGCCGCC